CGAGCGACUCCAGCUGACGCCGACAUUCAAAUUGCAUCCCUGGCAUAUGCACUGCACGUACGACUUUCACGUAAUGAGGGUGAUAUGCAUCGAUAACUCACGCACGCUCGCUGCACACUCGCCGUAACCACCUCGUGGCAGAUUUCAUAUCCCAUUGCAGUAUGUUUGAAUUCCGGACUCGGAGUCGCUGAGGGUUGCACCGGAAGUGGCGCACCGCCCAGUUGACGACCGCAAUAGAGUCGACUCUUCGUCACUUGUCAACAUUCGCACGUCGUAUUUUGGGAUGUGGUGCUUUUAGAUCCUCCCGUCACUCCUCACCCAUCUCUCUGGGUGUGCGGCUCGGUCUCUCCGUUCGGAACGCAGAAUAUCAUGAUUUUAAACGCAUCUAAGCGCUCCUAUAAUGACUAUUUUUCAUCCUUCUUGGCUGGCUGGGCAGGCUAUUCACUCGAUAAACUUAGACUGCGCUGAACGCCAGUGACAACUUUGUCAAUCUUGGAAAACUAGACUGCGC